AUGUAUGGUAGCACUAGUGAGGAGAGCGAAUCAGAGGAUAGUGGCAUGGAGAUCGAUUUGCCUUCUGCUCCAUGGCACGAUGACUCAGAACCUGCGGACGAGGCCGAUGAAGACGAACACUUGAGCGACGAACAACAUGAACUCAAUUCCACGGAUGAUCACCUUCUUCACUGGGCAACUUUCCAUCAACUCAACAAGGUCAAGAAGGACGACCUCGUUCGACUUUACCGCGCCGCAAACCUGCCGGAGGAUCCAGAAUUGCUCACAAAGGCCGAAAUCAUCACUGUUAUCAUGGAUGCUCGGCAGGACGAACUCGCCUCUCUCCCUCCAUCUUCCCCGCCGGGAAGAACUGAUGCGGCAUCCUCUGACUACUCAAGUGAUGAGGGUAAUGUUGCAGGUGAUGAGGAGACAGACGCAGGUCCUCACUAUGAUGCUCCAGGGCGCAGCCUUUCAAUGGGCAAUGUUAUGGCCCCGCAAUCCAAUGGCCACCAGGGACUGAAGCGGAAGGCUUCGUUGAGGAUUCAAACAGAAGCGCUGUCCAGGCCUCGCACUUCCAAGGAUUCUUCCCCCAGCACUUCUGCCCUCGCAUCUUCGAGCACACAAUCUCCUCCUGGGCAUCGUCUUCGUUCCCGGAAAGUUUCAGCCUCAACUCCAGUCGACGUUCCUACCCCGACCUCCGCCGCCAGCAAAGGCAGAGGAAAGGGCAAGAACAAACAAGUGGAGUUUAGCACUGAGAUUGUUCAGGUCAAGUCGACUUCCCGACGUAGUAGUCAGAAGGAGAAGGACCGCCAACGCGAGCAAGCUGAGGCUCUUGCAGAGGAAAGCGAUCUUACCGAUUUGGACGAUGCUCUCCCAGUGCCAACAUCGCGCCCUCAGCCGAGCCCACGACGAUUACGAAGUAAAGAUCGGGGACGAACUCAUAUUGACUCGAAGAGCAGGGAAAGCGACGACGCCGACCAUACGCCGACUUCCAAAUCACGUUCCGCGAAAGCCAUGCCCCAAUCUCAUUCUAAACCGCAGCCGAAACGAGUGACCCCUAUGCGCAAAGCGAAGGGCAAGAUCAAGAGCCUAAAGGAGUCUGAGACGGAGGCUAGCCAUGAAGAGGAUGGAUCGGAAAACAGUGAAGAGGACGAGGAAGGGCAGGAAGUGGAAAUGGAAAUGGAAGAAGACGAUGGUGAAGGGGAGAUGGAGGAGGACCAAGAUGCAGACGUUCAGGGGGGCGAUACGGGAGAGGAGGACGAAGUCGAUGAACUUGUAUCAUCAGCGUCCAUUACCCCCCCUCCAUCGAACACGUAUGCUCGAAAGACACCGCUGCGUCAAAGACUACGCCGUAGGCCAUGCGCUACCACUGCGGAAUUGGAUGCUGAAGAGAAUGAAGGCGACGACGAGCACGAGGAAGAUGCGGAUGGCGAUGAUGAUGACACCGAGACUGUGGAUGGCCACGAUGGUGAUGAGGGGGAGGAUGACGAGUCUACCAUCGCUGUUGAACCCCGUCGGCUCCGAAAUGGGAAGAUUGUCGGCGACGAAGAGGCCCACAUGGACGAGGAUGACGGCGGUAGCGCUGAAGGUGGCGAAGAGGAAGCCGAGGAAAGUGAAGAGACCGAGGGAGAGCCAAUCACUGUCGAUGAGACUGAAGAAGAGGCAGAAGAAGACACCAUGGAAGACGAAGUGGACCUAUCUGUCGCGACUGCCAAGACCUUGGUCCGCCUUCGGCGCGAUGAUCUCGUGAAGCUAUGUGAGACUCGCAACCUUGAGCCAAUAGGCACAAAGCCACAGCUUGCCGAAGCACUUCUUCAAUGGCGGGACCGCCACGCCAACGGGUCCUCGUGCCCCUCUUCCACGGGAACGGUGCGGCCGCCUUCGACAGCAACCACAAGUCGACGUCGACGGAAGAAACAAUCCAGCAGCUCCUCUGUUCCUGUUCUUCUGCGGUCGCAGAAAGUCCACGAUGAUGAACCGCGCACCCCCGUCCCUGGCAAGGAGGCCAAAGACAAGGAGAAUGAUGAGCUUGAGCUUGAUCUCGAAAGUCUGGGCCUUGAAGAUCGAGAAAUCCCGCCCGAAAAGAUCCAGAAGUUGGAGAAGAUUGGUAGCGGAGGUUUCAAAGAUGUUUUCAUUGGUAAAUUCAGAGGUCGACGGAUCGCUAUUUCUGAAUUCCGUGGCCAACUGAGCGCAAUGGAUAUCAAGGAGCUUAAACUCCUUGGUGGCUUUGACCACCCGAACAUUGUUCGCUUCCUCGGCGUCAGUAUCCCAGAGAACACCAAGGAAACACCGGUGAUGAUUGUCAGCGAAUUGUGCUCGAAUGGCGAUCUGUUUGACUACAUUCGCAAUGUCAGUGCGCCCUCACUUCACAAAGUUCUUACUAUGAUGCUUGAUAUUGCUCGCGGCUUGGAAUACCUUCACAUGCGCAAACCGUCUGUUAUUCACCGAGACUGCAAAUCAUCGAACAUCCUUAUCACUGCCAAAGGCGUUGCCAAGAUUGCAGAUUUCGGUCUUGCCAAAGUGAAACAGUCGACAAGAUCAAUGGUUCGCAGCCUAGUCGGAACAGUCAACUGGCAGGCCCCUGAACUGUGGACGGCGCAUCCCAAGUACAACCAUAAAGUUGAUGUAUUUUCUUGUGCCAUGGUCUUUUGGGAGAUGCUUCAGUGGCACCUUCCAAACAAGAAGUUCCCUUGGGAGGGAAUGAAUGAACAUGCUAUAUACGAGCAAGUUGGUGCCAAAAAGCAGAGACCAUCAAUCACUGGUUUACGAAAGCAAUGGUGCCCGGAAAUCGUCACUCUGAUAGAAGAGAUGUGGGCCCAGGAUCCCAGCGACCGCCCUACGAUGUCGAAAGUGGUAGAAACCCUCGAAGACCUUGUUAGGCAAUAUUGA